GCGGCUUUGGCGCAUUUUCGGCUGGUUUGAUUCAUCCAUUUUGAAGAGACGGGGGAGCGGGGGGCUCGUCUGAUUAAGGGGCCCUGAACCAAGGAGCGGCGGAGUUUGAGAAGCCAGCAGCUCGGGGUUCGGCGGCAGCGGCCCCAUCGGCCGAAGUUGGGGGGGGUGGGGCGCCGAGCGCGCGGGGUGGGGGGGGUCCUGGUCUUUGGCUUCUCGACUCGGUCCUGUUUCGACAGCGAACAUGUCUCGGCCUGUCAGAAAUAGGAAGGUCGUUGAUUAUUCACAAUUUCAGGAAUCUGAUGAUGCUGAUGAAGAUUAUGGAAGAGAUUCGGGCCCUCCAGCUAAGAAAAUUCGAUCAUCUCCCCGAGAAGCUAAAAAUAAGAGGCGAUCUGGAAAGAAUUCACAGGAAGAUAGUGAGGACUCAGAAGAAAAAGAUGUGAAGACCAAGAAGGAUGAUUCUCACUCAGCAGAGGACAGUGAAGAUGAAAAAGAAGAUCAUAAAAAUGUGCGCCAGCAACGGCAGGCAGCCUCUAAAGCAGCCUCUAAACAGAGGGAGAUGCUCAUGGAAGAUGUGGGCAGUGAAGAAGAACAAGAAGAAGAGGAUGAGGUGCCAUUCCAGGAGAAAGAUUCCGGCAGUGAUGAGGAUUUCCUAAUGGAAGACGAUGAUGAUAGUGACUAUGGCAGUUCAAAAAAGAAAAACAAAAAGAUGGUUAAGAAGUCCAAACCUGAGAGAAAAGAAAAGAAAAUGCCCAAACCCAGGCUAAAGGCCACAGUGACGCCAAGCCCUGUGAAAGGCAAAGGGAAAGUGGGUCGCCCCACAGCUUCAAAGGCAUCAAAGGAAAAGACUCCUUCUCCCAAAGAAGAAGACGAGGAACCAGAAAGCCCUCCUGAAAAGAAAACAUCUGCAAGCCCUCCACCUGAGAAAUCUGGGGAUGAAGGGUCUGAAGAUGAAGCCCAGUCUGGGGAGGAUUAAAAGUGAUGAUGGUUUGGGGAGAGAUUUUAUUAAAAAAAGAGAAAAAAAAAAGAAAAAAGAAAAAAAGAGGGGAAAAAAAAAGAAAACCUACUUAAGAUAGAAUAUGGUUUUGGCUAUGGCUUGACUCAUGGGCUUUCAAUGCUUUUUUUUUUCCUUUUGUUGAAAAUAACAUUUUCUUCUUCUUCUUCUUCUUUUUUUUUUUUUUUUUUAAGAAAACCAUUGUAUGUUUAAUUUACCUUUUUUGUCUAUGGGUCUCUUUGUCGCGACCCCCUCUUCUCCCUCCUCCUCUUUCCCAAUGAAAGCCAUGUUAAAUUAAUCACUGGAUUGACUGCUUCAUCUUUUUAUUUUUAAUGGAGGGUAUGCCACAGUUGUAAAGCAAUAAGAUUUGAGGUGAACACUAUGGAAAUUUUGCUUUUUGCUAAAUGGUAGCAAGUUAAACAGUAAUCAAAAAACAUAGAAGGUUUUAGUUAAAAGUGAUUGUUUCUUUCUCUACCUGAACUUUUUAAAAAAACCAGUUGUCAUCUAAUUCAAGUUUAUAUUCUAUAUACAAAAAUAUGGAUGUCUAGAAAAAUCAUGACUUUAAACUUCCACUGAUGGGGCAGGUAGGAGAUAAAGAUGAAUUCUGAAUUCUUACUAAAAGUAUUCAUGUUUUUUUAUCCUGGGGCAGCACAGGGAAUUGAGGUUACCUGACCUUGUUUGAGGGUGUGGGUUAUUUUUUUUUUUUAAUUUCAUCACUUGUUAUCUCUAAGAGACUCGGAGCCAGUGAUCCUUUAUCCUGCUACAGUCUUUACGGAACUUUAAAAAAAAAAAAAAAAAGCAAGGGCCGCCAAAACUUAAAUCUUUCUUGAUUUUCUAUUUCAUUCUCUAAUGGUUCAUGUUUUAAAAUAUAUAUAUGUAUCUAUUCUGUUUCUUGGAUAAAAUUUUACCAAGGAUCAAAAGAAGAAACCCUAGAAUUUAAAUGGGGAGAUCUAUAUAUCACAGUGGAUUUCUUCUCAAACUGACAAUGUUUAGGUUUUAAGCAAAUAAAGUACCAGUUAAUGUGAAACUCAAUCACAAAGACUUGACAUUUUUGCUUUAUGAAAACAGAGAAUUGAAAUUCUUGUAUGCCAUAAAUGUGCAUUCAGAUCCCAUGAACCAUGCUCUGUUUUUAUGUGGGGAUAGAAUGUUUUCCUUUUCAUACCCCUGUCUUCCCAUUUCUUUGUAGAAACAUGGUAUGAAGUCAUCUCUUGGAUUCCUGCUAGUACAUAGGACACUACUGCACAGCCCCACCACUAAUGUCUACCAGCCCUGCUCUAGGACAUGAAUUCUCCAGGUUCUGUUCUUCACUUACUUUACAUCCUGUGCUUGACGGGAGUAUGUUAAAUGCUGCUCCAACACUAUUCAGUUAGCAGUUAUCUUUUUACUGGUGCCCUUGCUCACUGCUCAUGUUGCUUAAAGCAGGAGUUUAAGGGGCUCUGAGGGGCUGGAGAAACCAUGCAUUCAGGAGGUCUGUGUGUAGUUGAUAACAGCCUUGUUACAUGCCUUAUGAAGGCAGUCACAAGACAGAUCUGUAGGUUUGCUCCUCCACAUUCUGGUACCAUGAGCUAAUGGGAACAAGGUUUAGGGGGUCUUAGUGUGCUAAUAAGUUGAAAAAUUAGUGAAAUUUAACCUCUGCCUUUUUAUCUAGAUUUGCUUCCUCAAUAUUUACGUACGCAGUUUUCUUUCUACCUAUUGAGUUACAGCAUAUUUUUCUCUCAGACAACCUGGUUCUUACAGAUGUUCAUAGAACAAAGGUUAUUUAAGGAAUAUUUUUACUCUCAUUUUUAAGACUGUAAGGAAUAUCCUUACUCUGUGUUUUUUUUUUUUUUUUUUUUUUAAGAAAGCUCCCAGUGGCAGAGAGUCAUUUCACUGUUGCACUAUGCGUGUUAAAGAAUGAAUUUGGAGAUUGUAGUACUCGGCCAAAAAUGUAAAACUUGAACAUAAGUAGCAAUUGGAUUAUUAUCUUUCAUGAAGGUUAACUUUAUAGUUGUGAACUUUGUAAUGAGGUGUUAAAGAUUAUUCUAUUUGCUGUAUGGGUUUGUUCAGGUAUUUUAACAAGAAGGUUUGUGUUCACGUACUGAAAAAACCUAUCAGUGUUUCCACCAUGCACUUCUAUUUUUAGGGGUUUAUAACUUUGAGUCUUACAUUCCUAGUAACAUUUGUGCUUUCCUUAGAUUAUAUUUCGUGAAGAUUGGGGGCAAGUGUCUUUUAAAACUUUAGCCUUGGUAUUUUAUGUAACACAGUCUCUGUAAUAUAUUAAUCUGCACUAGCAUCUCUGUGAUAUAUGCACAUCCUUUAGGGGUAAUCACAUCUUCUAGGUUAUUUGUGUGCGUUUGGUUGGGCUUUUUGUUUGGGAUCCCUUUUUUAAAGAUUAAUUCAUGAGAUUGAAAAAUGUAUUGUGUAUUUCUAAUAGACUGGACAAAGGAUCUGUGUCCCCAAGAAAGACAGGCUCUGAAUGACCUUUGUUUUCUCCACUUUUUGCUAAUGAUUUAAAACACUCUGGUCUUCCCCUCAAAUCAUGCAUGCCAAUAGGACAGCUGUGGUGUCUCAACUGGAAACAGGUGCUCAAUAGUCAGGCUUGAUAGUGAUGUCAGAACAGGUUACAAGCGAUAAGCUGAUAGUGACUGGCCAUUGGCACCACCCUUGACUAAAUGCCCUCUUUCUCUAGUGUGCCUAUGGUGAGGUGGCAGUAGCAUUCACUGUCUUGUUUUGCAGUGCUCAGGAAGUGGGACAUUCACUUUGAACGUGCUUGUUUGUAUUAUCUCAAUUCUCUAUGUUAGCUCUGUUAGGUUUACCUCUGGAACAUGGAUUUCGGCAGCUAUGCUAACUGACACUACGUUCUAGUUCUUAAGAUUCUUUUUUUCAGACCUCCCCAACACACACGCACGCACGCACACACACACACACACACACACCACACCCCCCCAGAAAUGGAUAGCUUCCAUCUUAUUAAAUCUGUUUGUAGCCUGCUGCUGCUUUUAGCCUUCCCCACCUCAGAUUAUAAUCAAUGGAGUGGGCCCAAAGGAUACAUUUUAAUUUCAGUAAUGGUAUAUUUGUCCUGCUUUCUAACACAUCUCUCCCUUUCAUAUCUCCAUGCCCUAUUGAGUCCAUGUAGGAAAAUUAAUGGCUGUGUCCUCCUUUAUGGAGGUAGUGAGUGAAAAAUCUUUAAAUCUGGAAGAAUAGUAGUUGAUUUCCCAUUUUGGAGCUUUGAUACUUUUUUUCUUUUUUCUCACAAUAACUGGUUUGCUCCAGGUUCAACCCUCAGUUCAAUACUUAUUCUUGGUACUGGUUCAAAUAGCAUUUUCUUAUAGGUAACUAAUCAAGAGUGGAAUUUGAGGUUACAAUCCAGUAAAGUUUUUGACAUUCUUGUGGAUAUGAUCAACUAAACUGAACUUGACACUUUUUUUUUUAACGUUUUAUUAUUUUUUUUUAAUCCAUGAACAUUCAAUAACAUGUGGCUUUUAGAGUAGUGGUUGAGGAAAGGGAAUAGUGCUUUUUUCCCUUUCCCUAGGAGAUGAUUUGAGAGUGUUAGAAAGGCAGGAGCAACAGGGAAAGCUUUAUUAAAGGUCAUGUGGCCAUUGUGGCUUUUAUGAAGAAAGGGAGUUUUGAUUUGAGCAGUUCUUUCUGUGCCUGCAUCGCCAGGAGCUAUGCUGAGGAGAAGAAACUACCACUUUAGGAGUUUGGAAAGGAAGAAACCUGGCCUGUGGUUUUUAUGGCAUUCAGACAGAUACUUAGAAGGAGUGAUGGCUCACUUUUUGUCACGGGAUAGCUCUUGAGGUUGGAGAGUUGUCCUUUUCUCUGUGCAUGGAGCUGGGUUUAUUUGAAAAGGGAGUUAGUUUAUUUGAAUAUUGGGACAUCAAACUACCCAUAGCCAAAUUUCAAUGUGCAACUCAUUUUCCCUUUUUCUUGAGAUAAGCUUGAUAUAAAAUGAGUCUUUUUGAGUCCCAAAUCCCUAAAUUACACUUUUUUUCAAAGCCUAAUUCACAAAAUUCACAGUGGUGCUGUGUAUUAACCACUAUUGGGAAAAAUCCUGUAAACCUGCCUGUUGCCAUGCCAAUGGAGUGACUGAGCUGGUGACAUCUGUUUGAGCAUGCUUUGUGGCUGGUGGAAUGCCACCAUUGUGCAUACACUUUGUACAUCAGGGGUGAAGGGAGGGUUUUCUAGAUUAUGGGGGGAGGGUAAAAUUGGGAAUUUUUUGGUGGGGUGUAGGGGUAUAGUACUCAGCUUAUGCCCUAAAUAACUUGUAUAAAAACCCCUGAAGUAUUGUGUGGGUGUGUGUGUGAGUGUGUGUUUGUUACAUGUCUGGCAGUUAAACCUUUGUCUUCUGGAAAUUAGUGAAUUCUUUUCUUUUUUUCCUCCAGAAGUAUUUGUUACAAGAUUUGUAAAUAAGAGCUCUACUUAGUUUGUUUACCAAGAACAUGUUGCAGCAAACCUUAUACACCUGAUUCCCUCAAGGCUGAAGGAAAGACUUAAGACUUGCCAGGUUAAGCAGCAGCCAGGUUCUCAGUAAUUGUUCCCCUUGAUUCAUCUUUCAGACUUCAUUUUGCCAGCUCUAAAAUUCCCAGUCUUCCUUAAUUGUAGUCCUUAACCUUUUAUGUUCUGAGCAGGAAGGGUAAAAGAGAAGAACCUGCUUAAAUGUAUUUAACUGUCCUUGGGCUGAGACGAGGGCAUCCCUUAAUACUGCAGUGUUGCUGGGUACAUGUGAUCAGACACCGAGGGUUGGGCAUUCUUGCAAUACCUUAACAGUGCUGAAAUCUGCAGCAUGGUACUAAGGAAGUUAAAGUUUGAAUGUAACCACUUUAUUUAAAAAAAGUUUUUUUUUAAUUUAAAUGAAAAGGGGUUGAAGUGAACAUGAUUUUGUUGACCAUGUUCGUGAAUUAUAGAUGCAACAUGCAUUGGUAGACUUGUGUGAUGGUCUUUUGUGAUACUUAAUUUUUACAUAUCCCAGUCUCUGUAUGUAUCUACAUAGACAAAGAAAAAAACAAAUUCCUGCUUUCUCUUAUUGAAGGGUUUCCAGGACUGCGUGUCUGUUCCUGAGCUCUGUUUUAAGUAUGUGUAUCCUUUGCUUGUAUUUUGUAUUAAAAAAUAAGAAAAAGAACCCUUUAUUGUUGAGCAUGUUGGCAUUGUCCCUUUUAUUUUUUUCUCUUUUUUGGGACACAUGAAGCAAGUUAUUCUUUUUCUGUAUCUUUUUUUCUUUUGUAAACUUUUUUUUGUUUUGUUUAAAAAUGGCUUUAUAAAAGGGCUUUUGUAACCCA